UUUAGAUCUCCCUCAACCGUUGUCGGUCGUCACGCACAUCACCCGCUGACAGCUGAAAUUCACAACUGGCAAUUACAUUGAAAAGGAGAGGAAAGUUACGAAUGUAGCAGGCAGUCGCACAUUUCAAUUGAAAGCUUGUUGAUGAUGUAGAUUACCGACUUAGGGAUCUAAAUUGUGUAAUCCAAGGCCAAAGCGACGGAGAAGGCCAUUCCCUUUUUCUCGUACAUUCAUGCGGGCUAGCAGUCUUAUUGUUAACUGGACCAACCAAAGAAGUCUGAUAUGCAACUUGUUCUACUCAGUUACUAAAUAUGAAGUUUUCUUUUAAGCUUUUUCAAAAAGAUUAAACACAUUUACAAGGACCAUUUGUAUCUGAUAUUUGAGCCAUGUGUAAUUGAAGCAGUUAAUGUGGAUAUCAAAGCUAUACCAAUAGUUGUGCAUAUCGCAACGUCCUUCUGCGACAUCCAAAUUUUGGGCAUACACAGUCAAACAAGAUGGAGGUUGGCAUGAUUCAAGUUACAGCUGAUGAAGAUUUUGAGAAACUUUGGCAAAUGGUAUCAGAUAACUCUUGGAAAUUGGAAUAUCAACAUGAAGAAAUCAACGUGUGGAGCAAACACUCAAACAGCACAGACUUAAAAAUUGUCAAAGUGAAAACAACAUUCCCUGAUGUUGAUAUGUGGCUAUUGUUUGACCUCUUAAUGGAUGGAGAGUACAGACCUGUGUGGGAUACAUGUAUGGUUGCAUCUUACACCAUAGGCUAUAUUAAUCCAAAUAAUGAUGUUGGUUAUUAUGCCAUGUCGUGUCCACCACCAAUUCAAAACCGCGAUUUCGUCCUUCAGCGUUCGUGGUUAGCCACACCCAAGAAAAUUUCUAUCUUGAACCAUUCCGUAACUCACAAGGACCUUCCACCCAAAAAAUACUUCAUCAGAGGAGUAUCCCACAUUACAGGCUACGUUAUCGAACCCUUGCCAGGAAAAUCCAAGGGCCUAACGCUUGCCUAUGUAUCGGCAACGGAUCCACGGGGAGCAAUCCCUACUUGGGCUGUGAAUAAAGGCACCCAGUAUUUCGCCCCCAAGAUGAUGAAAACUUUGCAUAAAGCUUGCCGAGGAUAUUUAGAAUGGAAACAAUUACAUAGUCCAGGCUUCAAACCUUGGUUGUAUCCUGAACAAAUGGACCAUCCAAAACUGCUAGUCGAGCAAGAGUCUGCUGUAAAUGGUAAUGACGAAAUCCCGUUGAACGACAAAGGAACUAAUGGAGAUAGCAAAGAGAUGGUACCAUUUUAAUGAAAAGCACUUUCGAAAGCCGUGCACAAGUAUGCUAGUUUUCGUUUCAUUUGGUUGUCACUAUGAAAAUAUGUCGCGCUUAUUAAUUAUUUUGAAGGAAAGAGCGAUUGUGAACAACAUUUUAAUAUAACAUAGCCCACUGUUAUAUUGAUGAUGAAAAACUAAUCAACAACUGCAUUCCACGUAUUCCUAAAAGAAUGUAGAUGAGAGAAAACAUUUGCAACAAAUAGACAUUUUAAUUUGGGAAUAAUA